CCGCGGGCGGGCGGGCACAGUGUAGGGUUACAGUCCAUUUAUGGGCGCAGCAGAGGGCAGAUAUCAGUGUCGAUGGCAUUCGUUCCCAGCUAUUCUUAGGAGCCUCUCAGGAGCUCCACACAGCCUGGCCGGGCAGCAAGGGACACAGAGGCCACCGCUGUCAGCAGGAUCAUGUCUUACAGCGUGACCCUGACGGGGCCUGGGCCCUGGGGCUUCCGUCUGCAGGGGGGCAAGGACUUCAAUAUGCCGCUCACCAUCUCCCGGAUCACGCCGGGCAGCAAGGCCGCCCAGUCCCAGCUCAGCCAGGGUGACCUCGUGGUGGCCAUUGACGGCGUCAACACGGAUACCAUGACCCACCUGGAGGCCCAGAACAAGAUCAAGUCUGCCAGCUACAACCUGAGUCUCACACUGCAAAAGUCGAAGCGUCCCAUUCCCAUCUCUACGGCUCCGCCCCCGAUCCAGUCCCCUCUGCCGGUGAUCCCCCACCAGAAGGACCCAGCUCUGGACAUGAACAGCAGCCUGGCAGCACCCAGCCCCAGCCCUGAGGCGAGGGCUGGCCUGGGCACCCCAGGCACGCCGGGCACCCCGGAGCUCAGACAGACCUUUAGCUCCUCCUUCUCCCAGACCUCUGUCUUCUCCUCACACACGGAGGCCUCUGACCCCGGCCCUCCACGGGGCAGCCCAGGGAACAAGACCAGCCUGGAGGGGGCUCUGGACAAACUCAGCCUGAAAACCCCGCUGGGCUCAAGUCAGCCAAGGCAGUAUAACAACCCCAUUGGCCUGUACUCGGCAGAGACCCUGAGGGAGAUGGCUCAGAUGUAUCAGAUGAGCCUCCGAGGGAAGGCCUCAGGUGCCGGACUCCUAGGAGGCGCCGAGGAACGCUUCAACCCUAGUGCCCUGAAGGAUUCGGCCCUGUCGACCCACAAGCCCAUUGAAGUGAAGGGGCUGGGCGGCAAGGCCACCAUCAUCCACGCGCAAUACAACACGCCCAUCAGCAUGUACUCCCAGGACGCCAUCAUGGACGCCAUCGCCGGGCAGGCCCAGGCCCAGGGCAGUGACUUCAGUGGGAGCCUUCCUAUUAAAGACCUGACGGUAGACAGCGCCUCUCCUGUGUAUCAGGCUGUGAUUAAGAACCAGAACAAGCCGGAAGACGAGGCUGAUGAGUGGGCCCGCCGCUCCUCCAACCUGCAGUCACGCUCCUUCCGCAUCCUGGCCCAGAUGACUGGGACGGAAUACAUGCAAGACCCUGAUGAAGAAGCUUUGCGAAGGUCAAGCACCCCUAUUGAGCAUGCUCCAGUGUGCACCAGCCAGGCCGCCACCCCGCUGACCGCUUCUGCCCAGCCGCCUGCUGCUGCCUCUCCCAGCACAGCCUCGCCACCCCUGGCCACAGCCGCUGCCCAUGCUGCCACCGCCUCUGUCACAGCCCCUGCCUCAAGCCGUGCGGACAGUCCAAGGCCCCAGGCUUCUCCAGCGUCUGCUGCCCAUACGUACAGUGAGGCCCCAGCUGCCCCUGCACCCAAGCCCCGGGUUGUCACUACUGCCAGCAUCCGGCCUUCUGUCUACCAGCCAGUGCCUGCAUCUACCUACAGCCCAUCUCUGGGGGCCAAUUACAGUCCAACCCCCUACACCCCUUCCCCUGCCCCUGCCUACACCCCCUCCCCUGCCCCCACCUACACCCCCUCCCCUGCACCCACCUACUCUCCCUCCCCAGCACCAGCCUAUACCCCCUCGCCAGCCCCAAGCUAUAACCCUGCACCCUACAGUGGGGGCUCUGCGGAGUCCGCCAGCCGCCCCCCAUGGGUGACAGACGACAGCUUCUCUCAGAAGUUCGCCCCUGGCAAGAGCACCACCUCCGUCAGCAAACAGACCCUGCCCCGAGGGGCGCCUGCCUACAACCCACCGCCGCCGGGUCCCCAUGUAUCCCCCCUUGCCAGGGGUACCGUCCAGAGGGCCGAACGCUUCCCAGCCAGCAGCCGGACCCCACUCUGUGGCCACUGCAACAACGUCAUCCGGGGCCCCUUCCUGGUAGCCAUGGGCCGCUCCUGGCACCCUGAAGAGUUCAACUGUGCCUACUGCAAGAGCUCCCUGGCAGACGUGUGCUUCGUGGAGGAGCAGAACAACGUUUACUGCGAGCGGUGUUACGAGCAGUUCUUUGCCCCGGUCUGUGCCAAGUGCAACACCAAGAUCAUGGGGGAAGUGAUGCACGCCUUGAGACAGACGUGGCACACCACCUGCUUUGUCUGCGCAGCCUGCAAGAAGCCCUUCGGGAACAGCCUCUUCCACAUGGAAGAUGGGGAGCCCUACUGUGAGAAAGACUACGUCAAUCUGUUCAGCACCAAGUGUCACGGCUGUGAUUUCCCUGUGGAGGCCGGUGACAAGUUUAUCGAAGCCCUGGGGCAUACCUGGCAUGACACCUGCUUCAUUUGCGCAGUCUGCCACGUGAAUCUGGAGGGGCAGCCAUUCUACUCCAAGAAGGACAAACCCCUGUGCAAGAAGCACGCGCACGCCAUCAACGUGUAGGGAGCCCGGGCGUCUGAUGCUGACGGGCAGCGAGCUGCUCCCACUGCUGGCAACACAGGAUUCAAGGAGGCUGAUGUUUCUUUUGUGGAGGGGAAAGGGAGAAGACAGGAAGUGACGGAGCCCUUCUGAAGUAUAAUUUUAGUCCUUUUCUUCUGCACACAGAUCGUGUAUUUGCAUAGUUCAGACUAGAAGCCAAAUGAAGAUUCCUGAACCAAGCUAGUCAUUAAUCCAAGGCUGGAAUUGUACUUCAGACGUUGAGGACAGAAUUCCAAGAACUCAAAAGUGAAAAGCAAAAAGUAACUUUCCCAAAGCGAUAGGCUUCCCUGAGGUCACCGGAGCAGGGACCGAGCUCAGAGCAGUUAGGGAGAACCUGAAGCGGCCUGCAGAGUUCUUUCAAGCUCCUCUGGCAAACAGAAUGAAGUGCCAAACAGUCCUCGCUGCAGGGUAUUUUUAGAGCCAUAGCCGAGAGCUUGUUAGCUAAGACCAACUGGGCUUUCCUCACCAAAAAAGGAAGUGUUAUUCCAUGACUCGCGUCACGGAGCUACCUCUGCACAUCAGACUUCAGACCUUGCACGGGCUUGAGCAUCCUCAAGGGAGCCCAGGCAUCAGAGAGGUGUCUUCUGGGAGCCGCUGGGCAGUUGACGGGGCUUCGGGCAAGGAGCAGGCUCACCGUGCAGACAGCUGAGGGAAGGAGGGCUCUUCGGUUCCCCUCUUUCGGUCUGAAACAUCCAGUGAUGUCCCCAGAAGGCUUAGCUUCUUUUUGAAUGUGAUGACAAAGUGGAAUUGAGGUUGUUUUUUUUUUUCCCUUUUUCCUUUCCACUUUUGUUUUGCUGUGUGUGAGAGGAGAUUUUUUAAACAACUCUGGGCUGCAUUUGGCCUCUGUUUGGCUUUAUUAGCAUGAAUGUCUUAAUCGUGUGUGUGUGUGUGUUUCACUACCCAUCUCUGACGGCUCACUGAUGACAUCUUCCUUAGCAUCCCUUCCCCCCACAGGCUUAGUGACCUGUGUAAAAGAAGAGAGAGGCAGUGUCUGGAACAGCAUGGCAGACAGAACAUGCCCAGACUCUGGGUGGGGAGGAGGAAGCUUCCCUUUUGCCAACCUCAGUAAGAACACACGAGCUGGCAGGGCCUCCCCGCCUCAGAGCUGCACCAUCCUUCUGGUAUCUUCCUUCAAACGCAGCACACUGAUAACAUACAGUCGUGUUGUCUGCCGGCAGGGAAAGGUGGCCGGAUCUACCCACAUGUGCCAUUUUGGCCAAUGUUUUGAGAAAGUAUGAGCUGAGUGGAUCUAGCAAUUAUUUAAUUAUUUAUGGAGAUAGACUUGGGUCUUCACACUUCUUUAAAAUGUUAGUGAUAGUUUGAGUUAAGUAAGUCAGUAAGCGUUUUCAAGCUGUUUGGUGAGAAAGAGAGAAGCUUUAGUUUCUGAGGUGGGUCAAUGGAUCGUCUCUUUCCCUUUUAGGAAGCACUGUUGUUAUGCUCAAGGAACCCCGGCAUCGAAGCCCAUGGUUGGAGAGGACGUUUUUCACUUGAGCACAAUUCUUAGACUCCCCUCCAACUGCUGCUACCCUCUCCUAACUUCUGUUUGGGAUUUUCUCUUUGCACGUUUGAAAUGUUUUGUGAGAAUGCAUUAGAACACUUUUUCUUCUGAGAACUGAGGCUUCCAGGGGACUGCCUUUCUACCUUAGGGAGAAGGAAGCAACUAGAUGUGUCCUAGUGGGAGGCCCAUGGUUUUGUUUUUGUUUUUGUUUUUGUUUUUGGUUUUUUUGUUUGUUUGUUUUUUCCCCAAAGGUAAAGCCACCCACCUCCAGGGAACACCGGGACAUGCUCCUACCACCGGGCCCUUCUUUACCUUUGGUGCAGUGAGAAAGUGCCUGUAAAGCACCAGGCAGAGUAAAACCUGCCAAGAGUGCCUGGAGAUUUUUCAGGAGUUGCAAACAAGCAUUCUGUUAUUUUUGGAAAGUUCAAAUAUACAGGGACAAGGAGGUUGCUGACUGUACAGAAAGGCUCUAGGCAGCUUUUCUCUUAAAAAAAA